AUGCUACGAGCAACUCGUCCACUGAUUCAUGUAUCCUCCUCUCGGUUUCCGGUAUUGACUCGAAGACAUGCGCGUAGAUUCGUGUCCUCGUUGCUCGCAGAGGCGCACGCAAAUCACACUGGCGAUCGUCGUCCGCCUCCCCAGAACGCUAUCACGUCAAAGCUGCAUUUCAUUAACAGUGUGAACGAGGAUGGCUCGCAGAUACCCAUGUACCGUGUGCUAGAUGGCGCGGGAAAGGUGAUUGAGGGUGCGGAGGUGCCUGAGAUCGACGAGGCGCUCGCGAGGAGAAUCUAUGCCAGUAUGGUCCAUCUCCCCAUUAUCGAUGACGUCCUGUGCAAUCUACAACGACAGGGCAAGAUUGCUUUCUGGAUGACUUCGUACGGUGAAGAGGCAGCUUUGGUUGGAUCUGCGGCAGCUCUUGCGCCCGACGACGAAGUACUCAGCCAGUACCGCGAGCUUGGUGUGCUCCUGUACCGCGGAUUUGGCUACGACGCACUUCUCAACCAUGUUUGCGGGAAUUACCUCGACGGCUGCACAGGUGGCAAGAACAUGCCGAUGCACUUUGGCUCGCGCGAACAUCACUUCCACAUGAUCUCGGCGCCGCUCGCGAAUCAGAUACCCCAGGCGGCGGGAGUGGGGUACGCGCUCAAGCGCGACCCACAGCGCAGGGGCCGCAACUGCGCCGUCGUCUACUUUGGCGAGGGUGCGGCGUCCGAGGGUGACUUCCACGCUGGCAUGAUGUUUGCCUCGACGAUCCCUUCGCCUACGCUGUUCUUUGCGCGCAAUAAUGGCUUUGCUAUCUCCACGCCGGCGUCGGAGCAGUACUAUGGGGACGGUGUCGCAGCGCGGGGGCCCGGGUACGGCGUGCACACUGUGCGCGUGGAUGGGAAUGACGCACUCGCGGUGUAUGGAGCCGUGCAGGAGGCGCGCAGACUAUGCAUUCGUGAUGGACGUGCGGUGCUCGUCGAGGCGAUGACGUAUAGGGUGGGCCACCAUUCGACGUCAGAUGACUCGUUCGCGUAUCGCCCUCGCGAGGCGGUCGAGGAGCGGCGGCGGCUUGACGAUCCUAUUGCACGCUUCCGGAUGUUCCUCGAGAGCCGCGGGUGGUGGAACGCGCACGAGGAGCAAGCGUUGCUCGCGCGCUUGAAGGACGAGUUCAUGCAGGCGUUCCGCCGCGCGGAGGCGCUGCCGAAGCCGGAGCUGCAGUAUAUGUUCUCGGAGGUGUAUGGAGGCGAAGAGCCCUGGACCCUUAGAGAGAACCGUGAAGACUUGAAACGGCUCGUGGAAAAAUAUGGCGACGUCUGGGAACCGUGGCGGACGGAUCUGAAGAAGUUUAGGGGCGAGGGGCGAACAUGGCCUGAGGAAGCACAGAUGGAGAAGUGA